GUGCUGCUCCACGCUAUGACCUCCCGCCUCCGGAAGCACCUUCCCUGCCCGCCGGCAGCCGCUGACGCACCUCCUGCUAAUGGCAGCCCAAGGGCCGGGGCGGGGGAAGGAGCAGCCGGCUCUGCCAGGCACAGCCUCGGAGCUGGACUACACCAACCAAGCUGCCCCGCGCCCGCCCAGAACUACGGCUCCCGGGACGCAUUGCGGGGGUGCGGGAGGCGGGAGGGCCGGGUCAACCCUCGGGAGGUGGGCGCGGCUGCGGGUGGCUCCUGGAACGCGGCUCCUGAGGCUUCUCUGCGGCUUCUCCGGGGGGAUACCCGGCAAGACAAGAAGCUCAAGAUGUCAAGGAAUUUCUCUGACACAAGCAGCAGAAAAGAACAUGUUAAAAUCACAAGCCAGUCUAAACCAGGGUUCCUGGAGAGGCUCAGCGAGACUUCUGGAGGCAUGCUGAUGGGACUUGUGACAUUUCUUCUGUCUUUCUACCUUCUUUUUACCAAUGAAGGACGAGCUCUAAGGACAGCCAAAUCUCUUGAUGAGGGACUUUCUCUUGUGAUCUCUCUCGAUAGCAUCCACAGUGUGUCUCAGCAGAAUGAAGGGAGAUUGGUGCACUUAGCUGGCCCUCUGAGUACAUCUAAGCCUUUGUUUGAUCCCAGCUAUGGGCUCUCUAUCUGGGCUGUCAAACUUAAGCGUAACGUGGAAAUGUACCAGUGGGUGGAACAUGAAGAAUCUACGGAAUAUGAAGAGAAUGGUGAGAUUAAGAAAGAGACAAAGUACUCAUACGAUACCGAAUGGAAAUCAGAAGUUGUGAACAGCAGAAACUUUGAUCGAGAAAUUGGACACAAAAACCCGAGUGCCAUGGCUGUGGAGUCUUUCACUGCUGUAUCACCCAACGUCCAGGUUGGAGGCUUUGUUCUUUCGACUGGUCUUGUAGAUAAAAUUGAUGACUUCAAGCAGCUGAGCUUGUCAAACCUUGAGGAUCCCCAUGCUGAUGUUACCCGAGGAGGAGAUUACUUCUACCACAGCGACAACCCCAGGCGUCCAGAGGUGGGAGACCUUCGUGUCUCGUUCUUCUAUGCAGGUCUGAGUGGAGAUGACCCCCAUUUGGGUGCUGCUGAUAAGGUGACUGUGAUUGCUCGCCAGCGAGGUGAUCAGCUGGUUCCAUAUCACACCAAGUCUGGAGAUGUCCUGCAUAUUCUUUACCCUGGAGAUCUCUCAGUGGAGGAAGUGUUUCAGAAAGAGCACGAGAGUAACAACAUGAAGACCUGGGCCCUCCGUGCAGCAGGCUGGCUGGCCAUGUUUGUAGGCAUCAGCCUGAUGAUCCGCAUCUUUCACACUUUGGUGGACUGGUUUCCUGUUGUCAGAGAUCUGGUUAACAUUGGAUUAAAAGCAUUUGCCUUCUGUGUAGCCAGUUCACUGUCCCUCCUGACCAUCUCCCUCGGCUGGCUCUUCUACCGCCCUCUCUGGGCUCUGCUGAUCGCCUCACUCUCCAUAGUUCCAAUUGUGGUUGCAAAAUCUCGUGUUCCACCAAAGAAGCAGCAGUGAGACGAGGUGGUUGGGUUUUGCACUGAGUCCUGGUUAGAAACGUUUCUGUCCCUGUUAGUGCAGUGUGCUUACAGCACUACAUCAUACAUCAGCAAACAAGCAGAUUUGUACCUUUAACUAAUUACAAGUUCCUCCUGAUUUGAGAACUGGAAAGUCCUCAGUGACAGUCUAGGCACCUUGUAUAUUAUGGAGGAAGUGCCACCUUCAUCACGUGGGCCAUGGUGAGAUACCCUUAGGAAAUGCAUGUGUGUACCUGUCUCUGACAAACCCUUGCUCUGCUGCCUUCUCUUGUAUGCACAGUCACGUAUCAUGUACAUUCUGUGGCUGAUGAGUCUGAAAAUGUACGUGUUCAAAGGGAGAACACAUCUUAGUUGAAUUUCACACAAUACUUGUAUGAAAUGUAUGCAUUUGGACUGAGGAUUUUCAAAGUAACACGGAAUUAAUGUGUGGCCAGGUUACAGUGCUGAAAGGUAAUACACAUUUGUCAGAAGGUGUUUAUCUCCUCCAACUUUUUAGAAGGCUCUGAAGUUGUUGGUUAAGCAUCUGAAAUGGUAGCCUGGGCUAUACUAUUGCUUGACUGUUUCAAAAAUUAAACUUUGAUUUGUUCUUAUUUAAAGGGAAACUGAGAGGUCACUAACCUUUAAAAAUAACACUGUUCCCUUGAAACAAAAUUGACUUUUAUAAUUGAAUGUAUAUUUUUUAAAAAUAUUUGGGAUUUCUUUGCUAUGUAUACUUCUACUUCUUGAGUUUCACUUUGUAAGGAAAAUGAAGUGAAAUAAUGAAAACAUUUUUUCCUGGUAAGAUUUCAUAUGUUGUAGUAGCCUAAAUUUUGAGCUUUGUAUCAUGUUACAGGAAUGCCUUCUUGUAGUAUUGAUGGGUUGUGUUUACUUAUUUAUGCUGUAACCAAUACUUGAGAUUAGAGACUUUUACUGGUCUUAAGUUUCCCUCCACCUAAAGUCUACUUUCGAGAUGUGCCCCUACACUACAGUGGUUAUUUUCCUGUAAGUAUGUAUAAUUCAGUUCAGAAAGAAUGUGUUCAUUAAUGAAAUCCAGUUAUGACCAUCAGGAGAAAUUUUCCCUGUACCAAAGGAACUUAACUUGAAUGUGGAUAGAAGCAAAUGUUUGCUACAAAUCAUGAUGAAUUAGAGAACCGAGUUAUACAUUUUUAGUAGUAAUUACUUUAUUGGAAUUAGCUUAAAUUCUUUGUAAUUCUUCUGGUAUUUGAAUGCUGUGAAUCCAGUGUCACAGCUCAGUUCCAUGUGUAAAAGCAGUCAGCAGUGAGCAGAAGGCUAUAGAAGUGCACAUGGUCUCAUAUACAGCUGAUGUGUGAUACCAAUAUUGUGCCAUCUUCCUGCUGCCCUCCCAGCAACAACUUUUGCUCCAUAACUAAGACUUGUACUCCACUGAGGAGAACAAGCACUGGACUGCUGCUUUACCAAUGAUGCAGGAAAUUAACCAGCAUUACUGUAUUAGAGAUGAAGAUAAAAUUUUCUACUGAAGUGCUGAGCUUUUGUAUAUUUAAUAAAGUGCAGUUUUCAAAA